AUGCUUUCUUCAAUGAAGAAGGGCGGCCGCAAGUUGUGGGCUGGCCUGGCAUUGCUAGCACUGCCUGCAAUUGCAAGCGCAUCAUGCGCCCUCCCUAGCACUUACAAAUGGACAUCAACUGGCCCUCUGGCAAACCCCAAAUCAGGCUGGGUUUCACUUAAAGAUUUCAGCCAGGUCCCGUAUAACGGUCAACAUCUCGUCUACUCUUCAACCGUGAACACAGCAGGCUCUUAUGGCUCGAUGAACUUUGGUCUCGUCUCCAAUUGGACCAGUCUCAGCACGGCCAGCCAAAACACAAUGAACCUCGGCACGGUAGCGCCAACUCUCUUCUACUUCUCACCAAAGAAGAUCUGGGUUCUUGCAUACGAAUGGGCUGCAACUCCAUUUGCGUAUGUUACGUCGAGUGAUCCCACCAAUGCAAAUGGCUGGUCGUCCUCGCAACCGCUCUUCAGUGGAAGCGUAGGUGGCAGCACCGGUCCUAUUGACCCAGCACUCAUCAGCGAUGGCACGAACAUGUAUCUCUUCUUUGCAGGAGAUAACGGUAACAUCUACCGUUCUAGCAUGCCCAUUGGCCAAUUCCCAUCCAGCUUCGGUACUUCGUUUACAACGAUUAUGACCGCCGCAACCAACGACCUGUUUGAAGCGAUCCAAGUGUACACCGUCUCAGGUCAGAAACAGUAUCUCAUGAUUGUUGAGUGUAUUGGAUCCGUUGGACGGUACUUCCGCUCGUUUACAGCCACAUCUCUGAGUGGUACAUGGACACCGCAGGCUGCAACGGAAAGCAACCCUUUUGCGGGCCACGCCAACGCCGGCGCUACCUGGACCAACGACAUCAGCUCUGGUGAUCUUAUUCGCAGCACAAACGACGAGACAAUGACCAUUGAUCCCUGCAACCUCCAGCUGCUGUACCAAGGCUUGCCCGUUGGUUCGUCGGGAGACUACAACUCUCUCCCAUGGCGACCCGCCGUCUUAACUUUGUCCAACCCUGGCUCUAGCACUGGUAACGGCACUGGAAGUGGCGGCUCAGGUGGCAGUGGAUCUGGUGAAGCAGCCGAGUAUGCUCAGUGUGGCGGCCUGGGCUAUGCUGGACCCACGGUUUGCCAGGCAUGUAGCCCUUCUUCGAAUCUUGGAAAAUGA